AUGUUCCAUCGUUCCAUAUCCAAUAAUUUCAAUCCAGGCCUCCAUCUUUCAUUCUUUCAUUUCGCAGCCUUUUCGAGCGAUCGACGUAUAGAUUUGUUGUUGCAGCGGUAAAGAAAAAUGGAGAACGAUUUGGGCAACCUGGUCGACUUGUACAUCCCUCGAAAAUGUUCGGCGAGUAAUCGCAUCAUCCACGCCAAAGAUCAUGCAUCUAUACAGCUGACUCUGGCCGAUGUUGAUCCAGAAACAGGUCGCAUGACCGAUACUCACAAGAUGUAUGCAAUCUGUGGAGCAAUUCGUCGAAUGGGAGAAUCCGAUGAUUGCAUCGUAAGAUUGACGAAGAACGAUGGAUUAUUAUCUAAAAACUUUUAAUCUAAGUUAUAUGACAAAUUUAUUUUCAAUAAAUUAAAAAACAUAA